UUAUCAAAAUGUCUACAACCUCUUCAAAGAAACAGAAACCGAAGAAAACAAGAACGACCAGAUUGUCAGUGAAGAGAAAUGAUUGUGGAAGUGAGUCAAUGGAGGAUACUAUUCAUGAUCAAACAGCAUCAACCACUCCAAUGGGAACUGUAGAGCAGCCAGACACCGAAAAGGAAGGCAAGGGACAAGAUGAAGGGUUUACAGUUCCAUGUUCACAGAAGAUUGUUCCAACUUUCAAGAAAGAAAAAAGAGCAGCAAAGAAGAUGUGUCAAGAUGAAAAUGGCAUUCCAACAAAACGUUUGAAAGCAGCAAACAAGUGUAAGAAAUCUAACAACACAGUCACUACUGUCCAACUACAAGAACAAAAGGAUCAGAUUGAAGAUCUGACAAACAAAAAUCUACCACAAGUAAGGGUGGAGAGGUUGAAGGAUCACAAUAUCCAAGGCAACCAACAACUGAAUACUGAAUUAGAUAUUAUCACCAAGAUGAUAAACAGCAGCUCUGGGGAACAGUCUGAAGGUGACAAGGAACCACUCAACAGAUGGCAUAAUAAUCAGAAAUGUAAUGAUAUUGGUGAGAAGACAGAACCUGUUAAAGGACCAGAAGAGCAUGGCAUUAUUCAAAACAAUGAGACAAACCAUGGUGGAUUACACUCCAAUAUGCAACGAGCUGAGAAACCUGUAGGGAACCUGAUAGAUAUUAACCUAAAAUCCAAAGAAGUUUCAACAGAGGAGCGUAUUUGUGAUGAAAAUCCUACAGCAGACCGUGGUUGUAUUCUCAUAUCACAAAUGGCCACAGAGAAUCACAGCAAAAUUCUCAACAAAGAUAUGGGUGUUAUUGAGGACAUAAACAAUCAAAGUAUAGGCCAAGAAGUUGAAAUCAAUUCUGAAAAUCAAAGCCAACCUCUUUUAUUGACAACUGAUCAAAUCAACAAGGCUUCAAUGAACAGUGUUCCAACACUUCAAACCAUCACUACAAGAGCCAUAGAAAAACAUACAAGAAAACUGGAACCACCAACCAAAGAGAAGGACCAGAUAAAACGAGACUCUAGGAUAGUCAAACAGGGCUCCUACUGUAUUCCAGGACUACAGUCCAUUGCUACAGGAUCCAAGGAAGAGGAUCGAGAGGGAGUGAAUAGUACAACACAGGUUACAGCCAAAUCUUGUGACCUGGGGACAAAAGCUUCUUCUAGAAAGGUCAAGAAAGACAUUUCUACUACAGAGAACACAGAGAAGAAUACAAAAGAUACAGAGGCUGAUGCCAUUCCAAACCUUACAAUAGACAGAAGUAGCAAAACCGUUGCCAACCUUAUACUGGACCAGACUUCUGUGGAGAGCGAAGAAGCGGCGACACAAGGCAUGACUACAUCGGUGGGUAUGGAGGAAGAGAAACAUAACAUGGCUACAUUGGAGGGUAUGGAGGAAGAGAUAAAAGGCUUGACUACAUCAGAGGAUAUGGCGGAAGAGACACAUAACAUGGCUAAGUUAGAGGGUAUGGAGGAAGAGAUACAAGGCAUGACUACAGUAGAGGGUACGGAGGAAGAGAUACAAGGCAUGACUACAGUACAGGGUACGGAGGAAGAGACACAUAACAUGACUACAGUACAGGGUACGGAGGAAGAGACACAUAACAUGACUACAGUACAGGGUACGGAGGAAGAGACACAUAACAUGACUACAGUACAGGGUACGGAGGAAGAGAUACAAGGCAUGACUACAGUAGAGGGGUACGGAGGAAGAGACACAUAA